CUAGUCUCCACUUUCAAACAGCUGUAAGGUUGUCAAAUUUGACUUUUCUUUAGACGGGCUGUUUUGGUGAGUGAAAUUACGUAAAAAACAUUUACAAUGUCGUUCCUGAAAUCACAAUACUAUGACUACCCUGAGGGACAGGAUGCAUUUGGAAAAAUUGUUGCCACCAACAAAUAUGCCCUUGGUGCCGGUCUCGCUUGGUCCACAUGCGAUGUGCUAAUGUUGUCCAAACCGCAAGGCUAUCUACCAACUUUAGCGCGUUUUGCUUACAAUACAGGUCCAGCGAUGGGUAUGGCUACUGCAUUCACAUUGGCCACAUUGGUGUCGACGAAUGUGCGCGGCAAGGACGAUAAAUUAAACUAUGUGAUUGGUGGCUUUGCCGCAGGUGCAGUGUAUGGUGCGUGGAGAAAAAAUCACGUUUCGGGUCUUCUUGCAGGACUUUUCCUCGGUAUCGCUGGCGCUGUGAAGAAACUAUCUAAACAGGAGGGCUGGGAUUUCUUUCCACCAAUUAGGCACCAGCAAGGCUCACUAAACGGUGUCAUUCAUGAUUAUACAAUAAUGAAGGAUCCGGGCAAUCCCAAAGGUGGAUUAUAAAAAAGUUGGAAAAUGCAAUAUGACCGAAAAAGGGGAUUCAUACUAGCAUGUUAGAUAAUAUCGAAGUUGGCGCUAAUGAGCAAAUAAAUCACAAAACGAUUCCGAAGUCUUGAAAAAAUA